AUGAGUGACCCUUCACAAAGUGCCUGGGUCACCCCUGUUCACUCUCCUGCUUCCGUUCAGUCUCUCGUCUCCAUUAACUCUCCUGCUUCCGUUCAGCCUCCCGUCUCCAUUAACUCUCCUGCGGGCCAACAUAAUGCCGCCGAGAAUGCUGUCGAAGAGCGCUUGGUUGCACUGGAGAGGAAAGUCCGGAGCAUUGUUGGAUUCGAUGACGGCUUGGCCUUUGAAGGCCUACCAACCUUGGCAGGGCGAAUCACUCGACUUGGCCAACGUCUAGCCAAAUUGCGCUCUGAGGUGGUGGAUUUGCCUCUUUGCGCUCGUGUUGAGAGAACCGACCAGGUGACCGCACACGUGAAUGCUUUGGCCACACAUUUAAACACAGUGACAGAACGCUUCAUGGAGUUUGAAGCAUUUGUCAGGGGCCAUAUGGGUCGUAACGAGGGCGCUCAGGCCAAUCCCGGAGCAGGACAAUCCGAUUUGGAUCUCUUUCUCGAAGUGCUACAUAGACCUAAUGGCGCUCGGAUGGUAUCGGAUAGACUAGGCACUUUGUCUAGCAAAGAGCGGAUCAAUAUGGCAACAGCUUGCUUGAAGAAAAUUGCGGAAAUUCGAAAGAAGGAGAUCUUGUUCUGCAGCCAGACGUUUGAGGACUUAGGAGCCAGAAUGCUCGUCAAUGAGGAUCAGUUUCAGGCGCAAGUCUCUCAGGUUCUCAGUGAGCGCCCAGAUUAUCAAGUCAUCCGAUUGGAACUGGCUUGUGUGUACGCCUUGGUGAGGAUAAUGAAGGAUUCCGGAAUCAUCACCGAGGAAGGAUUGCCUAUUGCGGUGAAUGGGGCUCGAGAAGGUGGGGACUUGGAGAGUGAGCAGGGGCCCAAUGUGAGCAUGCGGGCAGACACUCCGGCGGAGGUCAACGUGGCGCAAAAUGAUCAAGAACCAGGCCAGGAUGGUAUAAAAUUGCAGUGA